AUGUUGAAACUUACAAUGAUCCCACGAAAGAGGACGAAGCGUAUGCGUGCAUACCAGGGGAAACCACGGCAGCAAAUGUCUCAAAUGGAAGUAGAACAGCGACAUAAGGAGCAAAAGGAUAUGUUGGCUGAUAACUUAUACGCUCUCAUUCAUCAAGAGAGCUCGGGGAGAUACAACUGUGUCGACUAUCUUGCUUUUACUUCAUGGCAUCGCAGCGUAUACGACUUGCUGAAGAAAGAUCGAUUCUCUCCAUCACAACGAGGGGAAUCAAGAAUUGAUGAGUACUGCCGCGAACAAAUAGUGGAGUGGUCCUUCAGAGUUGUUGACUACUUUCGAAUUGAUCGUGAAGUUGUAGCAGUUUCUCUGUCGAUGUUGGAUCGCUUCUUGGCCACUUGCAAGUGUGACCGUUCUACCUUCAAGCUUGCCGCCACCACAACGCUACAACUGGCUGUCAAGUUGCUUCACCCUUGCAGACUCGGUGAUCUCGGAAUCCUGAGUGACUUGUCCCGAGGGGAAUUCGACAUGUCCGAUGUCAGAGACAUGGAAAACCACAUCCUCAAGUCUCUUGGAUGGUCUCUUCACCCACCAACCACGGUUGCCUUUUCAACCCUCCUCUUGGACUAUGUGUUUGCUGAUCGUGAUGUAAGCAUGACAUGCGCAGACAUCGACGACCUGCAUGACAUCUCUUCCUUCUUCACCGAACUUGCGCUUUGUGAUUACUUCUUUGUCACUAUGCGCCCCAGUGCUGUUGCUCUUGCCUGCAUCUUGAAUGCACUUGAGGGUAUGUACGGAGAGCGAAACCGCUUCUCUGCACACAUUUUGGCUGUAGCACGCUCGCUCAAUCUAUACACCAAUCAAGAUUUGACUGCAGCUUGCCACCGCCUGUGGGAGCUUUACGAAAGAAGUGAGGAGUGUGCUCUUCACAAUGGAUUCGCAGCACCAAUGGAAGAUGAAAAGAACGCAGGGACUGUCGGUAGUUAUGUCAACAAGGCAACCUCUCAAGAUAUGGUCAUGGAGAUUGCCUCCACAUCUCCAGUCUCAGUCGUAACCAAACAAUGCCCAAUCGCUACGGAUGAUAUUAUGUCUGACGUGCAGGCAUAG